AUGUCAACACCCAAGACAACUGUUGCUAAAGCUACAGUCAAAAAGGAGGAAACUCCUACCAAGUUAACACCGGGGCAAAAACUACUCAAGACCAUGACAGCUCAAAAAGCAGCUAAAAAAGCUUUAAUGAAAGGUGUUUCCAACACUCGUAUCUCUUUUGACGAAGAAGGCAACGAAAAAGUUGAAACAGUAGUCAAGAAAACUGUAGCUGAAAAGAAGAGUCGACCUGCUAUGAAGAAGCCAGAGCCCACCAAAAAACGUUCGGCUGACAAAAUCGAAGAAGAAAAAGAAACACCUAAACCAGCUCCUAAAAAGGCAAAGAAGCCAAAGAAAUCAAAGAUUGAAGUUCUUGCUUAUGUUCGUCUAUUUGCUCAAGAUCGAGAGAAUUGGAAGUUUAAAAAAAUGCUACAAAUUUGGUUACUUUCUAACUUGUACAAGCUUCCUGAAGAUGAAUUUGAUCAUGUAUUGGAAUAUUUAAAAAAUCUUCAAGGUUCAGCACGUGAGAAAACAAAAAAGGAGGCAGAGGCCAAAAUUCCAUCCAUUACAACCACACAUGCUUUGACAAGUUAUGCUAAUGUUGCCACUAACGAUUUUGAUGAUUUUGAUGCAGAAAAAUUAUUGGCCCAAGCACCCACAACAAUUGAACCAGAACAACAAGAAGAAGAAUCACUCGAAGUAAAGCGAGCCAAACGUAUUGUAAAAAUACUCUCAUAA